CUAUUUCUUCGAGAACCGUUUUUUCAGGAUUUUAUCGUGGAUUUGAGUAAAGAUGAUAUAUCAAGAGUGCUGGAGAAUUUCGCUCGAAGACCACUGGUUCGAGAAUUGUCCGAGCAAAAUAACGUGAACAGGAGAAUGUUUUACGCCGCUUACAAGUACGAUUUCUUUCUCACGGUCUCUUUAAAGUUACCAUUGAAGGCAGCAAUUUUCGGUAUCCACUUGUUUCCUUUUCAAUAUUUUUUGCUUUUCAAGAACUAUCUGUUCCAGAAGCUUCCGAAACUACUGCUUGAAUUCCUCACCGUUGGACCCGUGCAUUGCGGUUACGAUUAG